UACAGAUACAAGUGGUCUUUCUCACAGGGCUGCAGACACAAUUUACAACACUGUAGGGAAAACAGAACACAGCCAACAUUCCCUUUAGCUCAGGGCUGUUUUGUUAAAGUAGCAACCAGACUGCUGUGGAAAACCAGUAGCAAAGUAAAUAGGUCCACUGGUCACCAGCAGACCGUCCCUUCAACUGUUUCCUUUGGAUUUCACAUUUAGCCCCAGCGGACAUCCAUCUGAACUAAUUCAACUGCAAGGCAGUGUAUACUGCUGCAAGCUGCCUUGUCUCAAGGUUGGGACCAAUCUCAAAAUCAUGGAGUCUUCCACUGAAGGCAAUUACUUCCUGAGCGUGACCCCUGUGCCUACGCACAACCUCAGCUCCCAGAUCCACCAGGACUCAUACUUGCAUAAAUUGGCCCACCUGGACGAGGCCCUUUACAAUGACUUCUACAGCUUGUGGAUAGCCCUGAUCGUGAUCAACGUCCUUAUCUUCCUUGUGGGCAUCCUCCUGAACAGCCUGGCUCUGUACGUCUUCUGCUUCCGCACUAAACCCAAGACAACAUCAGUGAUCUACACUAUCAACCUGGUGAUCACCGACCUCCUGGUGGGCUUCUCUCUGCCCACCCGGAUCAUCAUGUACUACAGUGGAGGGGUCUGCCUCACCUGCUCCUUCGUGCACAUCUUCAGCUACUUCGUCAACAUGUACUGCAGCAUCCUCUUCCUCACUUGCAUCUGUGUGGACCGCUACCUUGCCAUUGUCCAAGUGGAGGCCUCCCACAAGUGGAGGAACCAAAACUACGCCAAGGGCAUCUGCAUCUUCAUAUGGCUCUUCGCCAUCGUGGUGACCUACUCCAUCCUGACCACGGCAAUCAAGUACGCCGCUUGCUGCCUCUCCAAGCUCUUCGCCCUGACCGUCUUCGAGUUCCUCGUGCCCCUGAUCAUCAUCGUGGUCUUCACCAUCCGCAUCAUGUGUGCCCUGUCCAGGCGCGGCCGGAUGCAGCAGAGCCGCGAGCGGAGAAUGCGAGCUGUCCAGCUGCUGGUUACCGUGCUGGUCAUCUUCAUGAUCUGCUUCACCCCCUUCCAUGUCCGGCAGGUGCUGGUCUAUGCAUACCCAGACAUGCCCCACCACGUCAGCCUGAUCGUCUACCACGUCACCGUCACCCUCAGCAGCCUCAACAGCUGCAUGGACCCCAUCGUCUACUGCUUUGUGACCAACAACUUCAAGUCCACCAUGAAGGGCAUCUUCCGCAAGCCAGAGGCGGAGCAGACCAGCAGGGACAUCGCCAGCAUGCAGAAGAGCUCCAAGGGCUCGGGGACUGCCAUUGCAGUGACCAACACCAUGAUGAUGAACGCCUGCAGACCCCCUCUGCACUAGUGAAGCAGCGUCUUUCAGGGACUUUGCUGUACCUUUCACUGGAUGAAAUACAGUUGAACACAAACGUAUUGGCCCCCUACACUUAACUAUAGGAUCAUUCAAGACAUGUUAAGUGCUUUUGUUUUUUUUUAUAAGGCGUGUUUGUUAAACUACCAGAAAUUGUGUGUUUUGGUUUUUGUCAUAGUAAUUAGUGGCUAAUGUUCACCAAAUGCUUCCAUUUAACAUGUUUUCUUGAAUUAUCUUUUGUUAAGUGUAGGGUCCCUGUACUGUAGCUAUCUACCUAUACUGUACAUCAAUGUGUUUUGUGUGUAUAUAUUUACUGUUUAUAUUUAUAAAGGCAGUAUUUUUUUCCAUGCAUGUGUAAUGGGUUAUAAAUAUUAUUUUCUUCUGCGCUGCUUGGGAAAUUCUUUUAAGGUGUGUUGUUAAUGAUGGGCUGUGGGUGAAAAUAAUUGUUUAAAGUUACAAAGUGUGGCAUUGAUACACGGUUUAUAAGACCAGCCCUCAUUUCUGUUCAGUAGUAUUGUAAUCAUGUGAUCAAAGUGCCAGAUUUUUAAAAAGAAUGUUACAAUGGACUUUUCAAACUCCACUCAAUAUUUGUCAAUACAGGGUGCAAAUUAACAGGAAAGGCCAGAACAAUUAUCAAACCUUGGGGAUCAGGGAGGGUUAUAAGGAUAGCAAUACCGCUCACUGGGAUCUACAAUAAGGAACUUGAAAUCAAGGACACAGUGAUUUCAAAUGUAACCUGACCCUGUUCACAAUUUGUUGUACAUAAUAAAUAUACGAACAAGUAAUGGUGUUUUUCCAUCUAAUAAUUCCAAUUGGCAUUGCACUUCUUGUACAGUGUAUUGUCUGCAGCCUUAUAGAAAGAGGCAGAGACUUUACUUUGUCUGUUCAACUGGAGUAAGUGUGAUCUGGAUGACUGUACACAUUUUUUCUUACUGGCAAGGUCAAUACAAUGAAAUAUAAAUAACUCUUAUGCCAUAAUAACCAGACUUAUUAUAUAUCCUUCAUGUGACCUUCUGAAAUAGAGUGCAAGGAUGCACCAGAUAUUAAGUUGUGUUCAUCUAUACUGUAGCUUUGAAAAUAAAACUAAAUAUAUGCCCAUAUUGCAAAACGUGAGAAAGCUGAUGGUUGAUGGUUAUAUAUACUGAGUAGCAUUUACUGGUAUUGUUUUGUUAGCUUUUUUGUUUACAUAUAACAUUUAUUAGUCAACUCUCAUGUGAAUAUCAAGGGACCAGCAAAAGAAUGUCUUAUUAGUAUUUUUUAUUGCAUGCUGUCAGUUUAUAUUAAAGUUAUAAUGACACUGAAAUUAAUUUUUAAUUAUAGUAUAGUAAAAAGUAUUGUAGCAGAGUGGUGGCAGCACUGUUCAGGGCUGUGCAGUCAGAGACAGCAGCUGCAGCAGGAGCAGGGUGGGGUGGUCACUGGACUGUGGACUGAGUGGAUUCAUUCUCAUUGGUUGUGUUAUAUCCGUUCGGUUUGUUUUCUGUGAUCAUUUACAUAGAUGUAUGUGACAGAGAUCGAAUGAUUCUUGGUGUUAGAUCUCCUUCCCGACCUGCAUGGGCGCUGCGUAAAGGGAACUGAGUGCCCUGGACUGGAUGGCCCAACAGUUCAGGGUUAGGCGGAAGUCUGCCAUCUAGAAAGGAGACUAAGCUGCGGUACACUAAAUCAUUGACCUAGAAGGUUAACGGUGUAGCAUCCACGGAUUGGAGGAGCGGGUGCGCUCGUUAACCAAGGGGUCAUGGUUGACGGUAUAUAAAGGGGACGUAGUGAGAUGAUCUGUUCCUUGUGAUGGUUACUCUAAACCGAAAGGACCUGUAUAGAGAAAAGUACCCUGAGUGUUUUGUUUGUUUUGUCUGUCUCGUCUUUAAUAUAACUGUUUGUUUGUUAUUAGAUUAGACGGCUAACACGAUCUGGAGCUGUCGUUUAAGGCCAGCACUAAACCCGGACAACAUUGCACACUGUAUCACAGAUAACUUGUACUUCACCACAAGCACUACAGCACUCACUUUGGAUAUGUGACUGUGUUUGUGUUUUGUGUGUAUGUUCUGGAUUAUUGUUAUUAUUUACGGGACUGCAACCCAUAAUUAUCCACUGCGGAAUACGGAUCCCUGUGUACUGCCAGCCAGCCCUCCUUUUGUUUACUGUUUGGUAAUCAGACCGUUUGGAUUUACAAAAUAAAACAGAAACCAUUUCACCCGUACUUUGUUGUCUGUCUUUCAUUGUUGGAUUACAGCACUUUGUUUAUUAUUUCCAUGUCUGGUUGUCCCCACCCAGGUCCUCCUGAGCUGCACACAGGAGAGUGGGGGCCUGGUUGGGGUGUAGUGUGU